CUUGUUAAAGUGACGCAGUCGAGAGCUUCCGUUCCCUUGCCAUCUUGAAAACCACCAAAAAGAGGAGUUUGAGACGUUGGAACCAGUCGGUUUUCCGUUGUUCGACACCGUCGCAAUGAGCUCGAACUUCGCUCUGCUCGUGGUCGCCGCUGUCGUUCUGAUGGGCUCGUAUGAGGUGUCCGCCUUCAGGUGCUACGUCUGUAACUCGAGGAACGACACCGAUUGUGCCAAGAGUCCCAUCGACCGUCGCUUCCUGAAGGAGUGCGAAACUGUUCCUUAUGAGAACAAUAAGGAAAAAGAGCCCUUUAUUGUCUGCAGACAUCAGAUCGUUCAGAAAGAGGGAGUCGUCUUCCAUGACCGACGCUGUGGAUGGAAGAUGUACGCCAAGAAGCGCGAAGUCUGUCUGUCUUCCUCCGACAACCUGGUCAAGACAACAUCGUGCGAAUGCCACACCGAGGCCUGUAACUCUACUUCUUCAAUGAACGUCAGUUUGCUGACUAUCAUGGCAACCGUUCUGUCCCUCUGGCUCAUUCGUCAUUAAGCUCAUCUGAGGGCCCCGACGGCCGUCCAAUCAUACAAGAUCAAAGCUCAAUCAGUCACCAAGCACUUCGAGAAGGCCCCAGCCGACAGGCCGUUGAUGGCAUCCGGUCCUACGCUAGAGACCUGAUAGCGUGAAUGAAUGACUGACAAUUGAAAAUGGAGAAGAACUUUUCUCUAGUCUGUGACCGAUACGAGUGCAUUAGUGAAGUGCUCCGCAUCCGAUCCCUGCAAGGUUCUCCCGAAUGAAUGGAAUUAAGCUGCGUCAACAGGAAUAAAGUUUCCAGUGGUUCAAAGCUGAAUGAAAG